UUCACAUGUUCAUUACACAUCCAACAGUUUAAAGGGCAAACCAAAAGGAUAGAAUUUUCAUCAGUUCUGGAUUUCGCCAUCACCCUAACGUCUCUCAUAUUUUCCGUUUUCCUUUUUUGCUUAGUUUCUUUUUCUUGGGGCCUACUUUUGUAUCACAUAUGACGCGAAUAGCGGGUAGAAUGGCGUCCCGGUUUAAAGUAUUCAGUAUACUUUGAUGCCCGCCGUUUCUCAAACUGGAAAGGACUUAUAAAACAGUCAAACUUUGAGUCAGCAUCUGGUCCGGAACCAGUGAUCGGCAGCCCAGAGACUAAUCUAAGGACACUUCACCCUGCAGCCCCACCUAUAGGGUGGAGGACCAUGCAUCCAACUGCCCCACGAUCCAGCCGAUCAUCAGUUCACUCCUUGGCUCCGUCUCCCACCGUAGCACCUUCGCCGUGUCCCUCACCAUCGCCGUCGCCAUCGUUAGCCCUUCCUAUUGCCCAACAACAACAACAGCAGCACAUCAUCUACGGACCGAUAACAGCAUUGCAGCCUUGCGCCGCAGCUCUGCACUCCCCCUGUGUUUACCCCUCAAACACUCAGCGAGGGACCAGUACGCCGAUAUCGGUACCCCAACACGCCCAAGGUAAGAGCACGAAAUGGCAUGGAAAAUCUAACAAUAAGCCCCUGAGAAGCCAGUACUGCCACGGGCAACCAGGUCAAUCUACGCAUCCAUCCUACGCUGGAAAAUCGUUGGUGGUGUACGAUCAGACGCAGGCUGGAACACCGGUAUCGACCUCCUCGUUCCUAGUCUCAUCGUCAACCUUCGCUCACGGCCAAUUCCCAGCCGAACACUACAACAACUCAAGUGUUGCCCUUGUGCCUCCACCUUACUUCAAACCACCCGAGGUUCAGACCUUUUGCCUUGUCCAGGAUCGGCAGACUGCUCCGCAGCACAACUCAUACUACAAUAUUUCGGCCGCUAACACUUGCAGUCGCCAGACUGUCAACUCGACCCCUGGAUUUCAGCUGCCAAAUAUCGCUCCGUACACUGUAACUGCGAUUCCGAAUAAUCAGAUUCCCGCAGCCCUCCCUGUCCAGUCAACACAAAUAUUUCAAACCGCCCCUGUUGGCUUAGUCUUCGGUCCACCACCGCGAGAGAAAUAUGCGGCCAACUCGGCACUUGAUGUAUCAACUUCGGCAAAGUACUUGAGGAAUAAACAUCCAUGCAGUGUAGCAAAUCCGAAAAUUCCGACAAUUCCUCGACUGCAAAACGAGUGGCCACCAUCUCUCGCUCCUACCACCAACUCCUCUUCUUCUACCGCCGUAGCUACCAGCGUCAAUGCACCUGCCCUUUCCUCCAACAACGUCGCAUUUGAUGCCUGCAAAAGCCCACAAGACACUUCGUUCCAGAAGCUAAGUAUCUCGACGCCGCUGAAGCAAGCUGAAGACCGUUACUCCGACGACUCUUCAGUCAGCUUUGACUUCACCAUCGAGGCAGAAAAGAUGGUGUCAGCUCUCUGCAAUACCGCUUCGUCGAACGAUCUUGGAGGUGUUUGUGGAAAGGACGAGAUCCGGAAAUCAGAAACAAGCUACUUCAACGGGGCCGGGGACAACGUGGGGAACAAAGGAACUUGGUUCGCUGACUUGGGGAUCGAGUAUUCCCUUAACGGAGAUGGUGGUUCUCGAGCUGUCGGGACUCAGACGCAACCAAAUCAGGCCUUCGCUCAGCAACUGCCCGAAUUGAUACGCAAGACUGCAUAUUGGGGCUGCAGUGAGGCCGAGUCGAUAUUGAACUCGGUUAAAUACCAAAAUCCGAAGCAAGCCUGGCUGUCGAAUAUCUCCUCAGCAACGAGGACCGCUAUUACAAAGUCCUCCACCUGCUUCCCUGUCUUUGCAAAUGACGGAACAUUUGUCCAUGACCUUAUAAGCGCUCUGUUACGAGUAACCAAUGGUUGGCUAAUUCUGGAUAAUUAUUUAAACAAGCAGCACUAUCCUAAUUUAACGGACAAAUUUGACGAUGAACUUACUAGAUGCUUUCAAGGCUGGGAAGGAAGCACUUACGAGCUGCUCAGAAACGUGAUUCAGACCUUUCUUAAACUCGACGAAGCUAGUAAAUCAAAUUUCAACCUGACAUCUGGCCCACAAUCUGAAACACAAAACGGUUCUUUUCCAGGAGACGUUUCCUUGUACACCAAUUCCGACGUUUUCUGUCCCACUGUAAGUACCGCCAGCUCUCAACAUCGUUCAGAUAACAACAUUCUAUCUUCAACGUUCCCCUUUCAACAACCACAAGAGUCCGCUUACGCUGUACACUACACUCGGCAACCCACUGGAGUACAGAAUUUUCGUUACAUCAAUACUCAACAAGGCCUAAAAGAGACAAAACCGCGCAGUAAGUGGACACUAACCGAGAGCUUGGUCUCGGCUCCAGAAGGUACGAAGUCGGUACCAGAUGUUACUCUUAUAAAUAACGAAGCGGGUCUUGGUGGAUGCAAAUUUCGGUCAAAAAUAAAUUCAUCUUCGGGAAAAGACACCGCACGACAGUCUCUGAACGCAGAAUUUGUCGACCUGAGAAAUAAAGUUAUGGAAAGCAACUCUGACACCGUUAAACAAUGGAACAUGAACUCUGACUCCAGGAGGAAGAACGAUUUUCUUUUCAGAAUAAAAUCUACUGGGGAAAUGGAACCGGUUUAUAAGGCGAAUUCAUCCACCGGACUUGUAUCGAUGUAUUCAACGAAAACAUCUGACACGGCAUAUGACACAGGCGUUUCAACAAAGCUAUACAUGCAAGAUUCUGAGACAGUGUUUCGUAAUGCCACUGCGGUAGCUGAGCCUGCUUACAUCGGUAAACCGUCUAUGCUAGGAGAAUCCAAUUUUACUAGAAAAUUUCGCAGGGAUAACGAUCACCGAAGUAAAUCUUCAAAGUGCAUGGAUAAAAAUUCUUUAGCCAGAUCAGGAAGCGGCGUCGAAACAAUUUGCUUAGGAAAAUCGUCAACCGAUCAUUUAGAAUUGGCUACAGUGCCUAAAAACAAAAUGACCCUGCUGAGUCAGAUUGAACCAAGCGCGACUCUGGGCAAAGGACGCGAAGAAAUGGCAGCCAGUCUGUCUGCUUGGUUUGCUAGCAUGCGAACUUCGAAUCCAGCACUAUCUGCAAGCUCGACGGGAAAUUCUGAAAAUCGUCUCUCAGAGAAUUACAAGUCACCCCAUUCUCAAGAUCUAUCACGGAGCACCAUUGACCUGACCAGGCAACUUCAAAUGGACCCUAACAGGCAACUGAAGACCCUGCAGAACAUGCAGAGCAUCCAAAGCGCGCCCUGGAACGCCUGCAACCUGAUCAACAGUCGAAACAACGUUCAGCAAAUCGAGGAGUACGACAGCUCGGAAGAUGUCAGAGUGUACAUGAAGCCAGGAAGCUACAAUGUCCCGAAAAAACGACACCAACGACGUCCAAAUAGACGCGUGGAGAAUCCACCAGUUCCGAGAAAUCCCAGCGGUAACAUAACCCAAAACAAUUCCGGGUCCACCCAAAGACUUCAGUUCCCAGCUGUGCCAGCCCUUCCACAGCCUUCACUUUCGCUAGAUAACUCCCCUCGGAUCUUACGCCGAGUAAACUCUUCAUCAUCGCAUGAUUUCUCUCAGGACGUUACUUGGAAGGCAGCUUGUGCUUCUGCCGAGAUACUGCUGGAAGCGCUGGCUGUAAAAGAGGGUGAAAUCGGCGCAAGUGAGGUCAAAGAAACCACCACUCGAAUGAGCCCAACACCAAAGUGUCAGGACGGUGGAGCCUCAGCCUCCAGCUAUGAGGCUUCGGAGGAUGACUCGGGGUCAACGUGUAAGUUGUCCACUUCCGGCUUACAAUCAAAGGACACCAAAAUGAGUAAAACUAACAUCAAGACGGACUCUUGGUUGAUCAGAACUCUGAAUAACGCCAGUAUCAAACAGAGGCAAGAACCCGACUUGGACAGUUCAGAGUCUUUUAACAGCUCUAUACACGAGGAUGAAUUGGUCACAGGGAACUCAGGAAAAAAGCUUGACACUAGUUUGAGUCGCAGUCAAGAACCUAGAGAUGAAGACCAGGCCACGGACUUGGCCGAGGGGAUUGUCAGGGCGACAUACUCGGAGACGGUGCGACGCUGUGCCUCUGGUAACGGCACCAAGGAAUCGUGCAGAUCGCGACCUCCAAAAGCUACCCUAGCAAACACGUCGGGAACCGGUAAUAUCAUGUCGGCUCGGAAAUGUCAGCGCAAAGAGUUGCUGUCGCACAAAUCGCGAAAAUCAGUCGUAAAGGGAGUCGCAAAGCAAACAGAUUUAGCUCCGAGCGAGGAGAGUUGCGUCAAGAUAAAACUAGCUAAGGAUGAAAUUCCCCGAUUGCCCGUGGUCAAAGGUCAAUCGAAGAAGAAAGACGCGGUAUCCGUACAUUCUGGAGAGAAUGGAAAGAACAAAGGUGGAGAUCGUGGUUGGUCGGUUUGGUACAGCUCCCGAAGAAGACAAAGUCUCAGUCCGCUGGCAUCGAGGAAGCUAGAGGAGAUUCACGACACAGUCUGGCAGAUGGAAGAGGCUGAAAUGUUCAAGUAUCCUCCGUCAAGUUCACUGGCGAUUCGCUCUUCGACAGAAUCGAGCGAAGAUUAUUACAAGGUCAUAAAGAGCCCCAUGUUCCUCGAAACAAUCGACUACAAGCUCAAAAACAAAAUCUAUCAUAAGGUGGAACACGUCAUCAGAGAUUUCAGAAGAAUCAUCUUCAACUCGAGGAUGUAUUACAAGAACGAUGCCGAUCGCAUGGCGCGCGUUGAAGCAUUGUCGCAAAAACUCGACAACCUCUUCGACGAACACUUUACAAGCUGGGAUUUUGAAAAUAUAACCGGAAGCCCGCGGGAUGGCAACGGAUCGCCAACUCCAUCUCGUUACAAAUUGCCAGCACAGAAAGCAACGCGUUCCGUAAAUACGAAAAAGAGUCCGUCGGUUCACAUAAAUCUAGAUAACUCUGGCUCAGUACACUAAACGUACCCAAAGAAUAAUAGAUUUCCGAUUGUCUAAUGAUGUUUAUGCUUUUUUCACGGGAUUCGCAGAUGUGAUACGUUCAGAGUCACGAUCGUUUACAAUCAUCUAGCUCCUUGCUUAUCUCACUUACAUCGGCUACUUAAUUGUAAUAUAGGUUCAAAGGUACCAUAGAUUGAUUCGUGAUUGGUCCUAUCCGUUCAAUAACGAGCGACUAUAAAACUGGUCAGUAUUGAUUAUCAUCGAGCGAGAGUAACAAGAUUUAGGACUUUGUAUGCGCAUAAAACGUGAUGGACCGAGGCCUACCGCAUACUUAAAAACUGUUUAGAGUUAUGGAGAAAAUGAGGGAGACUAGAACCAACGCCUACGAUCAUUACAAAAGUAAUAAUAAGAAUAAUAAUAGUAACAAUAAUAAUAAUAACAAAGGUUACAUUAGCAAUAUCGGUGGCAAUAGAUAUAAUAACAAUAAAGAUGUUAAUUUGAUAAUCGUAAUUUUUUGAACGCACUAUUAGAUUCGUGGAAAUCGUUAGGUUUUUAUAUCCGAAAUAUUAUAUGCACGACACAAUGUAUUGUAAACUAAGCCGUGAAGGCUUUGAGUUUGGGUUUGAUCAGGAUACCUUCUUAUCGUCAAAUGCUUGUUGGAAAAAAUUUUUUUGAUUUCCAUUUUUUGUGAGUAUUGUGUGGAAAUGUUGACAGAUGAUGGAACAUGUGAAAAUAAAUAUCUUCUCUUA